AGAGAGACGGGUGGGCAGGCUGCUCACCGUAAACGAUGGUUGUCGGAUAGAGUCUUGAAGACCUAAUGAAACUGGCUGCAUGAAUUGUUUGCAGCGAUUAUAGAGCUCAGCAGCGCGGCGUGCUUUGCAUCUCUCGGACCCCUGGAAGGAAAAACUGCAGCAUAUAAAGAACAGUUUAAAAAAAACGAAGAGGACUUGCUUGUUAUUUUACCACCGGUUUUUUUUUCUCACAUUCUUAAUUUUGCCUCAGUAAGCCUUCAGCUUUAACUCUUCCCCAGCGGACAGGAGCGUUUCAUGCCCGGACGAACACCGACCUCCCACUUGGACCCGCUACCGGCCUCCCACACUCCUCUGACGGGCUCAGAAGCAGCAGUUCCCGGCAUUUGCUGGGAUGUUUGAGUCGCGUUGUUUGGUGGGGUGAAGGGACCGAGAGAGUGGCCGGAGAGACCAAAGGGACGGAGGCCGAGAGAGGAGCCGAGAGCAUGGCUCUGGUAGCGCUGUCUCUCUGGGUGCUAACGAGUCUCACCUGGGUCCAGGUGACAGCCAACAGGCAUUCCGUUUACUGGAACAGCUCCAACAUACAUCUGCGUAGGGAGGGCUACACAAUGCAGGUGAACGUCAACGACUACUUGGACAUCUACUGCCCUCAUUACAACGACAGCCAGCGCAUGGUGGGCACCGGCGAGCAGUACAUCCUCUACAUGGUCAGCUACCGCGGCUACAGGAACUGCGACCCCCAGCUGGGCUUCAAGAGGUGGGAGUGCAACCGGCCCCACGCCCCCCACGCACCCAUCAAGUUCUCCGAGAAGUUCCAGCGCUACAGCGCCUUCUCGCUGGGCUACGAGUUCCACGUCGGACAGGAGUACUACUACAUCUCCACGCCCACCCACCAUCACGGCCGCAGCUGUCUGAGACUACGAGUGUACGUCUGCUGCUCCACGGCCUCUGACGUGGAUGAUGAGCCAGAGCCUACAGAACCAGACUACACGCUUAGACCAGGCCUAAAACUUGACGAUAUUGAUGAAUUUAACCCCAUUGUUCCCAAGCUGGAGAAGAGCGUCAGCGGAAGCAGCCCAUCCAGGGAUCGCCUUCUCCUCACCGUGACGAUGCUCCUUCUGGCCGCUCUCUUCAUCUCCUAGCAACGGCCAUCCCAUCAGCGUCACCAUGCCAACUAGCCUUGGGAGGGUGUACAGUAUCAGCGGGUGGGAGAGUUGAGGGAGGGAGGAGAGGGGGAGUCAGGAGGAGAGGAGACAGAGAGAGAGAGGGAGAGAGGAGGGUUAAGAUACCACAAAUAGAGCAGAAUGCAAGAGGAGCAAGAGAUGAGAGUUUUCAAGCAUCACAGUGUGAAUGUGUCCCUAUGUGUGUGUUUGUACAGCUGUGUGUCUGAGUGGAGUGUGGUUUUGGUGGAGUUAAAAGACCUUCAGGCACUCGGUGACACAGACUGAACCGUAUGCAUUAAAGUCAGCCUGUGCAUACAGAUGCAGGUGUGGUAGACUGAGUUUGCGUGUGUGUCUGUGUGUGUGUGUGUGUGUGUGUGUGUGUGUGUGUGUGUCUGAACAAGCCACAGGUUGAGCUUGUUGAAUCAUGCGCACCACACAAAGCAUUUAUACACCAGGAGAGGUGGAGCUGAAAUCCUAGUCAAAAAGAAGAAAAAGCAUCAAAUCCACCCACCCAAUUGAAAACCAUUUGAAGACUUUCCCCUGGAUCUGAUUGGCUGAAACACUUCCUUAGGGCUAGUUGCCAUAGUUUCUUGCAACAAGAAUUAAACUGAACUCAAAUGAACUGAAUCGAGAUAGAAUUCACCAGAACUGAACUGAAAUUGCCUUUUUUUUGUUGAUGUUGUUGUUGAUCCUGAUGCUGGGAACUUGUCCCAGUCCACAGAGGGAGAAAAAAAAGGAACCAGCUGACGAACUGUGCAGGUCCUGUCUGUGUAGGAGACUAGUCAAAAAGUAGCUGAUAGUUCAUUAACGCAACCCGGGACUCCAGACGCCAGUGUUUUAGUUGUCAUCUCCACUCUGUCUGCUGUGUCAUCCUGUGUUCAACAUCAGUCUGCAGCACGUCUCUAACGAAGGAGGACGGGGUCAGGAGGGGAAAUACAGAGCAUUUAAAAGAUGAAUCAUUCACUCAAACAAAAGAAAAGGGGGAUUUACUGUAGACGUGCCAUUGACACUGAAGGGUUUGUUAAUGUUAUACGUUGCUGUGUUACUUUUCUGUCCUGUCUGUGAAGUACUCGGUCAGUCCUCUGUCAUCUCUGAGGUUAAAGAAGCACACGGUGGCUAGAGAGCAGCCAUGAAAACACUUCAGCAAUACUGCCCUCCUCUUGACCCGCUGCAGGCUGUUUGGAGGAGAGCAAGAGGAGCAGGGAGGAGGGAGGGCGAUGGAGGAAGGACAGUCACUCACACAAGCAUCUAUGAACAGGUCCAGUCCCGGGAAACAAGAAGCUCUCCACUGAUCAGUGUUGGUGUAGCAGCCCGCUCUACCAAUCUCAUCUCCGUAAACCCAUUCGUCUGAUGCCACAUUUUUCUGUUAACGUCUGUUUGUGUGGGCUUGAAAGAGAAAAUCUGAGUGUACCAUGUGAAUGUGUGUGAGUGUGUGUGUGUGUGUGUGUUUGAAAGUGAGAUUUUAAAUGGUACUAACAGCCUGAAAAUACAUCCACAUACUGUACAUCUUAUAAGUAUAAAAAUGCAAAAUAAUACAAAAAAAAAAAAAUCAAAAACACAAACUAAAGCAACAAGUAAUACAUACAAACCAAGUGCUUUGGUGGGGAGGUACGGCAAGUCAAAACUCAAACAACUGUACCAGUCGGUUGCUUCAGAAUAGCGUUUCCAUAGCAACUAGCACCUUAUUCACCAUGGUUACCCCACCCUGCCAACGAUGGACUCUAGUAGGGCAUGGCUUACCAUAGUAGCUGAUAACAAUGAUGAAGGUGAAGAUGAUUAUCAUGAUGAUGAGGAUGAUGAGGAUGGACUGCGAGCUGACAGCGGGCCGACCAGGUCGCACUGCGGCUCACCCACCGGCACGUGAGGCGUUCAAGUACUCGUGUAAAUGUCAUAACGGACAAAGAAUGGAAUAACAAUGUCUUGAAUUUUGCCAAGGUGAAAUGUGAUGUAAGCAUUUUUACAAACUUGAAGCUCAGUUUUCUUGUGGUUGUUUUUUUAUUAUCAUUUUGUUGAGUUUGCUGUGGUGUAUUUUUGGUUAUCUUGAGGGGGAAGACGGGGGUUUAAAAGUUGGAGAAUGGGGUGGGUUGAGCCAUAUGUAAACUUGGGCUGAACUCUGUGAGUCUCUUAGCCAAAGUUAAGGUUAAGUUAAAUAAGAUUACAAAUCAUAUAUAACCAAUCCACCGGGCUGGGAACCACUGAAAUAUGGGAUUUUAUCCUCAAGAAGUUAUGUUUCUUUGGGUUUUUUUCCUCAUUGUGUCCUUGUAGUUUGGGAAUAAUUAUUUUCUCAGCUUAACAAGUGUGACAACCUUUGAUUAAACAACAAAAGCACACAUUUUUAAAUACCUAGGAAUGUAAUAGUCCUUGUCACCCAGACAAGAGAUUAUACCUAUAGAAACAAACAAGGAUCAUGCAUUUUCAUGGCGGAUGUGGCUGGAUUAUGGACCGGGCAUGUUGGCCUCAGACUACCAGGGGCUCUCCAUGGCUCAGACUGUGUGUGGUAUAUGGCCCAAGACUUCCAAUGGAAGUUAAAGGCCCCCCUUGGCAUAUAAAGAGCGCGGUCCCUGGGCCCCUCUGUGACUGCAAAUGACACACUCCUAGGGGUCUCACUGGACCAUGAUCCAGCCCUGGUUUUAGAGCUUUGUUAAAUACAAUAUAUAAUGAUACAGAACCGACCCAGGUGUAUAUAUGGCUCUCGGUGGGUAGGGUUUUGGGUCCUGAUGUGGAGUGGGAGGGUUGAAGUCCUGUGUGAGAGGGGAAUCACUCUUCAAGAAGUUGCACUUAAGAACUUAGACACGAGAGUAAGAAAUGUGUGUGCCUGAGUAUGUGUGUGUGUGUGUGUGUGUGUGUGUGUGUGUGUCAGGGGGAGUAAGAAUCAGACUCAUUUCUGUUAAUCACUUCAUGUCUGUGUGCAGGUGCUUUAGCGUGAGAUGCUGUCUGUGUGUGUGUGCUGGUGACUGAAUGAAUGGGUGAGUGAGUGAGCAACAGUCUCUUUGUUUCUGCUCUUCCCAUGUGCGUCUGAGCGAGCGAGUGUGACUGAUUGUUGUCUGGCAAAACAGAAAAAAAAGCAUUUAAUAGUGUUGGAAACAACAGUUACAAUCAUGUUUACCUUCGACUGGAAUGACUUUAAAUGAACUUGAAAAUAAACUGUAAACUGAACAAACCAUAACAGAGGUUAUAACAAUGAUCAUGAUAACAAAAUAAUAAGCUUACAAAUCUUACUUUUAACAA